AUGUACUCUGUCGUCAUUUCAUAUGGAAAACAAUAUCCCGAUGUUGCUCCAACCGUGCGUUUUUCUCCGUCAAUUUCGCAUCCAAAUAUCUUCGCAAGCGGCAAAGUAUCGCUGAAAGCCUUGGAUAACUGGAGAAAGCAGUUUACCUUGCUGGAAAUUGUCGCGAAUCUUUACGAAAUCUUGAAGCAACCGGAGCUUGAAAAUGAUCAGCCCUCGAAUUUGGAGGCGACGUACAACUAUCUCAACGAUAAAAGCUGCUACGAAGCAAACGCGAAAAAAGUUGCAGUUGUCCUCGGACCAACAAAACCGCGGGAAAUAAAACUUUGA